UUCUCGCUAUAAAUCCACAACCACGCUCUCUGCAUUCAAUCCAAGAUUAUCAUAAGUUCAUUCAAGAGUUGAGAGAAGGGGGAUUAAAGAAUGGGGGUACGGCCAUUGGAAAGAGCUCUCUUGUUCUUUUGGUUAUUGUUAUGCUUUAGAAUUUCAACUGAAGGUCGCAGUCUCCACAAGUAUAAUGAAAGAAAAGCUGAAGAAGGAGAAGAAGAUAUAGUAGCAGAAUUCCUAGUGCCACAAAAUGAAGCACGGGCGAGGGUGGGUGAUCCUCCUCUUGCGUGGGACACCCAAGUUGCGAGCUAUGGAGAGUGGUAUGCUCAUCAAAGACAAGGGGACUGCGCUUUAAAGCAUUCAUCAGGUCCCUAUGGUGAGAACAUAUUCUGGGGAGGUGGAAGCGCUUGGCGGCCCAAGGAUGCAGUUAACGCGUGGGUUGGAGAGGAUGAGUAUUUCAAUUACCAUACUCACUCCUGCAAUGGGUAUGAGGAAUGCGGGCAUUAUACUCAAAUUGUGUGGAAGAAUUCUCUACGAGUGGGCUGUGCAAAGGUCAUUUGUGACAAUGGUGAUACCUCAUGACUUGUAACUAUGACCCGCCUGGUAACUAUGUUGGCCAAAAGCCAUACUAGACAACAUCUGUUAUAGCAUUUUGUAUGCUGCAGCAUCCAAAAUAUAUUUCAAAUAAUAACAUCUUUGAAAUUUCUCGAAUUUGAACUUCUCCUUGGUUAGAACUUUUACAGCUGUUACCGUUGGUUUCUGUGAAAGAGGA